AUGUCUUCUUUACCCCAGGGAGCAUCCUCACUUGAGAUCCUCUCCGAACCGGCCAAACCCACAGCCACCGGGUGGGCACCCGUAGCGGAAAGGCUCGAUGAGCUCCGCCAGAAAGUCAAGGAGGGCAUGUUGGUCACCAUUCGGGAUGUUAUGACGAAGCAGACAGAUUUUCAUUUAGUGAGACCAGACUUGCACCCAGAAUCUUGGAGGAGGAAGAAGAGAAGAAAGAAGCAGCAAGACGAGGAACGGACGGACAGCCAAAAGGACAAGAAGAAGGAUCAAGACCAGCAGAAGCAGGAAGAGAAGGACAAAGGCGAAAAGCCAAAGCUCGCAACAGAAAAGCAGGCAUUGCUGGAUUGUCUGCGUUACGAACAGCAAUAUCGGUCGUCCAUGCGCAGAAAUGAUGGAAAAGGCUUCUCACCGUACAAGAAUGACGAUGCGCAUCUAUUUGCGCAGAUUGAUGAGGCCGACCAGUCUUCUCUGGAUAGUUGGAUCCCUCGCAGCGACAAACUCAUCCGCCUGACGGGUAAGCAUCCCAUGAAUGCGGAGGUUGAGCUCUUUACGUUAUUCGAUGCUGGCCUUAUCACGCCCACGAGUAUCCAUUACGUGCGGAAUCAUGGCGCGGUGCCACAUCUGCUGUGGGAGAAUCACACACUUGAAGUUGAGGUUGGGAAUAACCUGACUCUUGAAAUGAACGAUCCGAAGGACCGAUUCGAGAGUGCCAAUAUUCCGAUACUAUUGGCUUGCGAUGGCAAUCGCCGGAAGGAAUUGAAUAUUAUUAAGGAAAUCCGCGCGUUCAAUUACACUGCUGCUGCCAGCAGCUGCGCAUAUUGGAAGGGUAAUGCAUGGCUUGUAGACGAGAAUCCAGACAGGCAUUUCUGGGUGAAAUUUGAAGGGGUCGACCAACUGGAAGACGCCAAAUACGCGAAAUGUAUUCCGCUUGAAUAG